AUGCUCGUGCGAGACUACACACCAAAGGCGGCUCUCAAGGAAAAUGCCACCGAGUUCCAAACAUCGCGGGGUAUAGCACACUCUGUCAUCGUGCUGCCGAGUGUAUAUGGCACCAACAACUCAAUCCUUCUUGACAGUCUCGACUAUUUCAACGGCACAUGCGUAGGAGUAGCGGUGGUGGAUCCCGACAGCAUCAGUAACGCAACGCUCGCAUCCUUCCAUGAAAAGGGAGUGCGCGGCCUGCGAGUCAACUUUGGCGAUGGCGGAACCGACGAGGAAAUUAUUGAUGCCGUUAGAAAAAACGCGAAAUUGGCAAAGAUUCACAACUGGGUCGUUCAAGUCUUUAUACCAUUGCGCACCUUUGUCGCUCUUCACGAUGUGAUUCCGACACUGGGCGUACGGAUAGUUACUGAUCACUUUGGACAUACCCUGGUGGGAUCACGGACGAAUAAUGCCUUGGAUACCAUCGAUCCAUAUCAGAAUGCCGGCUUCACCGAGAUGGUUGAUCUCAUCAGGCGCAGGCUGCUGUUUGUCAAGAUAUCUGGGCCAUACCUGGACUCCCUUAAGCAGCCGCUAUACGACGAUAUGCGAGUAGUAGCCCAAACCAUCAUGUUAAAUGGGCCAGAGAUGGUCGUGUACGGCUCUGACUGGCCACACACGUCAAACAAGGAAGGGAAUACGGCCUCUGGUGGUAGACUUGUACCGCAAGAGUUUCGCGAAAUCAACGACGCUGCCAUUGUCGAGGAGUUCAAGAACUGGGCUGCUACAGAUGAGCAAAUCCAACGCCUCUUUGUCGACAACCCCCGUCGACUUUGGGGCUGGACUUCUACGGAUUCUUGA